AUGAAUGCUGCAUACGCCAGACUUCCUUCUACUACCUCUCCUUGCCAGGUCAAAGACAGCAACAACCGCCGCCUCAUCGCCUUCACCACGCCGGAAAACUACGCCGUCCGUCUCUCCCACCUCAUCCACCUCAAGGGUUGGACUUCUCUCUGGUGCCCCACCAUCGCCGUCGAACCCACCACCAACACCAAAUCAUCUAUCCUCCACUACCUCUCACCUCCAACACCCCUCAUUAAUCAAUUCUCAGCCCUCGCUUUCACCUCAAGGUCAGGAAUCUCAGCUUUCUCCGACGCCUUAUCGGAGCUCACCUCCACACCAUUAUCCCCAUCCGGCGAAGAUUUCACAGUUUGUGCUCUCGGAAAAGACUCGGAGUUAAUCGAUAACUCAUUCGUAGGUAAAAUCUGUAACAACAGUGAAAGAAUUAAGCUUUUAGUUCCUGAAAUAUCGACGCCGGCGGGUCUGGUGGAGUCGCUGGGGUACGGGAGUGGCCGGCGAGUGUUGUGCCCGGUGCCAUUAGUGGUGGGGUUGGAAGAACCGCCGGUGGUUCCCAAUUUUUUACGAGACUUGGAUACAAAGGGGUGGAUAGCGGUGAGGGUGAACGCAUACGAGACACGGUGGGUGGGACCGGAGUGUGCGGCGGAAUUAGUAAAGAGAGAUGGUGGUUGUGGGGUAGAUGCGAUUGUGUUUACGAGUACAGGGGAAGUGGAAGGGAUGUUGAAGAGUUUGAGGGCGAUGGGUUUGGAUUGGGAGGCGGCGAUGAGAGUGAAUCCAGGGAUGGUGGUGGCGGCGCAUGGGCCGGUGACGGCGGCCGGAGCCAAAAGUCUUGGAGUCGAUGUAAAUGUUGUUAGCAGUAGGUUUGGAAGCUUCGAUGGUGUUGUAGAUGCUCUUGCUUUAUUAUGGAAUAAUUAA